AUGUCCGAUCCCCAGGCCUACACGGUCGGUUGGAUCUGCGCCGUAACUCCCGAGUCUGUGGCCGCCCGAGUUUUUCUUGAUGAGGAGCAUGAACCCCCACAAAAGGUCGCCCACCACGACAACAACAGCUACACUCUGGGCAAGAUUGGCAACCACAAUGUCGUAAUUGCCGCCUUACCUGAUGGUGAAUAUGGCACGACCUCAGCAGCGGCAGUAGCCAGAGACAUGCUCCAUAGCUUCCCGAACGUGCGCAUUGGGUUGAUGGUUGGCAUCGGAGGCGGUGCGCCUAGCCAGAAGCAUGACAUACGGCUCGGUGAUGUUGUUGUUAGUAGUCCGGGUGACGGAAAAGGCGGCGUGUUCCAGUAUGACUUUGGAAAAACCAUCCAGAACUGCUUGUUUCAAGAAACCGGAUUUUUGAACCAACCGCCUAUAGUGCUACGAACAGCUCUCAGCACGCUGAGAAGCUCAUAUGAGAUUAAGGGCCACCAACUUGUUGAUGACGUAAAUAAGAGACUUGAGAAGAUCAAGAAGCGGAGCAAAUACCGACGACCUGCAUUUGCAAGCGACAGACUGUACCGGCCUGAUUUUGUGCACCCUCUGAACUCACCUGACGGCUGCGACGUCGCGUGCGGCGAUGAUGUUACCUACCUUAUAGCUCGACACGAAAGAGACGAGGAGGAGGAUGAUCCUGCUAUUCACUAUGGCUUGAUUGCCAGUGGGAACCAGCUGAUAAAGGACGCGCAGUUACGGGAUAAGUUAGCGGCGGAAAGGGGCGUCAUUUGCUUUGAGAUGGAGGCUGCCGGCCAGAUGGAGGCUGCCGGCCUGAUGAACCACUUUCCGUGCCUGGUCAUCCGCGGAAUUUGCGACUACUCCGACUCGCAUAAGAAUAAAGAAUGGCAAGGCUUCGCGGCCAUGAUGGCGGCGGCGUAUGCAAAAGAUCUAUUACUUCAAAUCCCGCUAACCAGUGUCGAGGCGGAGAGGCCUAUCCUCAAAGUACUCAAUACCAUUCAGGAAGAUUUGCACCGAUUGAAUCAGACGGCAGAUGAAACGAAGAAGGCGGUCGAGACCAUGCACUCUAACCAAACGAUUCUCCUUUGUGAUAUCCAACAGGGUGUACAGGACUUAAACCUUUAUAAAGCCGAGGACUUAUCUAUCGCUCGUAAUCCUCAAUUCGUUGUACCGUUUCCCUCUGACCCCGAUUUCGUGAACCGACCCGACAUCUGGACAUGGAUCGAAGAGCAGUACGCUGGGAGUGCGAGCCGCUUCGCUCUUGUGGGAUUAGGCGGAUUUGGCAAAUCGCAGAUGGCCAUUCAAUUUGCUCACCAAGUCCACGCCGCCUCACCCGAAUCCAGCAUCUUCUGGGUCCGCGGUAGCACGAAAGCGACAUUCGAAGAAUCCUACCGUUCCAUAGCAGAUGCCCUGGCGCUCCCACAUCGUCGCGACCCUGGGGCUGAUGUCCUAGCGCUGGUCCGCGACUGGCUGCAAAGAGAGGACGUAAGCCCAUGGCUGAUGAUUGUCGACAACGCAGAUGACACUGAGAUGCUAUUUUCCAAGAUGAAAGAUCAAAACGACGCGCCAAUGCCGAUAGCAUCGUAUCUACCCAAAUCGAACAACAGCAAGAUCCUAUUCACAUCGCGCAGCUGGGAUGUCGCAGAAAAGUUAACGGGCAACGGCAAGAUGAUCCUCAGAAUCCCGACAAUGGAGGAAGCGCAGGCGCUACUGCUUCUCCAGAAGAAGCUAGGCCCGGAUAUCGACAAGGCUGUUGCGUUGCGCCUGAUCCACACCCUCGACCACAUCCCGCUCGCCGUGAACCAGGCAGCAGCGUACAUCUACAGACGAAGCCCUCGAGUGACCGUUCAGUCAUAUCUAAAUGAGUUCAAGAGGAGUGAAAAAAGAAAAGGCACACUGCUUCGCAACGAUGGAGGGGACAUCCAACGAUAUGACGGCUUGUCUAAUUCUGUCAUUGUGACGUGGCAGGUGACGUUUGAGCAAAUUAAACGGGAGCAGCCUCGCGCAGCCAAUCUUCUUUCACUGAUGAGCUACUUUCACGCACAAAAUAUUCCCGAGUAUAUGCUGCUCGGUUAUAAUAAUAGCGGCCUCGCAGACGUUAAAGAAAGCGAGAAUGAGUACGACGAGAACGACGAGAUAGGCGAUAACGGGGAUUUUGAGGAUGACUUAGAUCUAAACCGGGACUCUGCGAAAUGCAUUCAUUAG